CAUUACUCAGGGCAUUCUCAGACUCUCAGUUGAUUCUUUUCAUUCGUUUUCGCUUACUGCAGUCACCUCCCAUAGCUUCAGAUAGCCUCCCAUCCGAACCGCAGAAUUGAAAGCCGUAGAUCCUUGGAGACUUGAUAUUAUUUGUGUGAGAGACCAACGUGUUCACUCGGUGUACAUACAGCCAACGUGUCAAAUAUGGCACCUGAAUUAACAUUCACGACGCUCGAAGAAAUCGACGAGAUUUACUCCACUCUCAACAAGACCUUCCGGUCAGGCAAAACUAAACCCAUUGCAUUCAGAAAGGUCCAGAUCCUGCAACUAGGUUACCUUCUGCAGGACAACAUUGAACGUUUCAGGGAGGCCUUGGCCAUUGACCUUGGGAGACCUCCGCUAGAAGCUUCAUUCCUCGAGCUCGACUCAACUAUAAGUGACUGUAAGAUCGCUUAUGACCGGGUGGACAAGUGGGCUCGAACAGAAAAGGCACCUUUCAAUAUCAAAUUUGCUGCUUUCCGUCCAGCUAUUCGCAAGGAACCAAAGGGUGUCGUGUUGUCCAUUAGCCCAUUCAACUACCCCAUAUGGCUUGCUCUCGGUCCUAUCAUUGGAGCAAUUGCCGCCGGCAACUGUGUCGUUCUCAAACCGUCUGAACUGUGCCCCGCCAUAAGUGGCCUCAUCGCGGAACUAAUUCCAAAGUAUUUGGACAAUGAUGUCGUUCGAGUCGUGUUGGGUGCUGUUCCGGAGACCAGCAAGCUCAUGGAAUACCAAUGGGGCCACGUCCUGUACACCGGGAGCGGGCGAGUAGCAAAGCUUAUAGGCGUAGCUGCUGCGAAGACUCUUUCCCCUAUCAGUCUUGAGCUCGGAGGGAAGUCCCCUGUUGUUAUCGACCCUAAAUGUGACUUCAAGAUUGCUGCACGCCGUAUCCUGUGGGGCAAGUGCGCUAAUGCGGGUCAGACCUGCGUCGCACCAGACUAUGUUCUUGUCCCGCACUCUUCAGAAGACGCGUUCGUAAAGGCCCUCAAAGAUGCACACGAUGAGUUCUAUCCUUCUGGUGCUACCACCACUCCGGAUAUUUCUCGUAUCAUCAAUCCUGCGCACUUCCAUCGUCUUAAGAAAUUGCUCGACAGCACUUCCGGCACCAUCGCCUUUGGCGGGCAGACCGAUGAGUCACAAAAAUUUAUAGCCCCUACCGUGGUCAAGGGUGUCAAAGAUGAAGAUUCACUAAUGAGCGAAGAGCUAUUCGGGCCGAUCCUGCCUAUCAUGCCUGUGGAUGAUGUCGAUGCAGCAAUUGCAUACAUCAAUGCUCACGAUCAUCCGCUCGCUUUGUACUGUUUCUCGCCAGAUGCAGCCUUCAAAAACAAGGUGUUUGACAAUACUCAAAGUGGCUCAGCCAUUGCCAAUGAUGUGAUGAUACACUGCGCUACUGAUGGAUUGCCAUUCGGGGGUAUUGGCCCCAGCGGAUCUGGGUAUCACACACGAACUUUCUCCUUCGACAUGUUCACGCACCUACGCGCCACUCUUGACUCCCCCGGAUGGAUUGACAAUAUCAUAGGAGGAAGGUUUCCCCCUUAUAGCCCCGGGAAAUUAGCUUCCCUCAAACGUUUCCGCGUAAAACUCCCGCCCCGUCCCAUUUCAGCAAAUGGCCACGUACGUAUUUGCAAUAUUUGGCACUUGGAGCUUGGCUUAUUGAACAGGCCCUUUAAGGGGUUAAUCGAACGGAGGCGCAACACCAAAUGGCUCUUCCUAUUGGUCAGUCUGGCAGUUGUCAGCGUUGGUUACACACGUACUGCAGAUGUUGGUGAGUGGGUGAGGUGGUUGAAGGGGUUGAUCAAGGUAUAGGCUUAUUUUCUAAUUUAUUCCUGUCUGUUUGUGUUUGGGAAGGGCUACUCAUCGUUAUGCACAUUUUUUCUACUCUUUCUUCCUUUUGUAAUGGAUAGUUAUUAGGCGUCUCUUGCUAUUAAUCUUGUUCAUCUGAUAAGGUCCAUGAGGAUCAAAUUAACCAUCCGUUUUACUUGUUGAAAGCUUGCCAGCCACUAUUUUGGAGACAAAUUCCUCAUACAUCCCUGUCCAAGCUGGACCAUCUCUGCUGUAAAGAAAUCAAUGGUCUCGUCUUUCUCAGAUGCAC